AUGACUCCCUCCCUGCCGAAUAUUCCGCGAGAGUGGAAGGAUGCAACCAUCAAGGUGCUGAACAAGAAGGGUGAACGGUCCAACUGUAACAACUACAGGGGGAUUGCGCUACUAUCUCACGUAGGCAAGGUCCCCAUCAAGAUCAUCACCAACCGUCUAAGCGCCUUCUGCGAAGCCAACAACAUCCUCCCGGAGGAACAGUGCGGAUUUCGACCCGGGCGAUCCACCGUCGACAUGAUGUUCGUCGUGCGCCGCCUCCAGGAGCUGGGGCGGAGAAAGAAAAUACCGCUCUACUUGUGCUUCGUCGACUUGAACAAGGCGUAUGAUUCGGUGGACCAAGAGAUGCUAUGGAAGGUGCUGGCCAGGGCCGGGAUUCCCGCGAAGCUGAUCGAAGUCAUCCGCCAAUUCCACGAUGGAAUGCGGGCCCGGGUGCGCAUGGACGACGGAGAACUAUCGGACUGGUUCUGCGUGACACGGGGCGUGCGACAAGGAUGUGUGCUAUCCCCACUGACUGCUGUUCAACAUCUUCUUCGCCGAGGUCCUCGAGGUCGUUGUCAUCCGAUCCAGCGAGGAUGAUGUUGUUCUGCGGAGCCUGGUGUGCUUGGAGGAGGGGAAGACGGAAGCGGGGGGGG